AUGAGGGAUAAUCGAGAAUGGAUGUAUAAUAGGUUAGAGGGAAAAUUUCUUAGCCCAACCUUUGCUAACAAGGUCGGUGAAUUUAUUGCGUUUGCUACCACCAAAGAUAAUUUUGUGUUAGAUGGUAUGAUGAAAUGUCCAUGUGCAAAGUGUCGAAAUAUUCCAUAUCAAGAUAUAGACACUGUAAAGGAGCAUCUCUAUAAGUUUGGUUUUAAGCCUAACUAUUUCCAGUGGGUUUAUCACGGGGAAUUACACUCCCAGAAAAAUUCUCAAAGUUCUGGCUCCACAUCCACUGAGGAUGCCUCUAACCCUUAUAUAAGCAUGGUGCAAGAUGCUUUUGCACAAGAAGGUCAUUUAGAAGAUAUUGAAGAGGAACCGCAUCCUAGUUUCAAGAAGUUCUUUGACAUGUUGAAGGCAGCUCAGGAUCCAUUAUAUGAUGGUUCUAAGUUGUCUUUGUUAGCAGCUGUUGUAAGGCUGGCUAACAUCAAGUGUGAGUAUAAUAUUCCUAUAAAAGGCGUAGACGACGUUGCUUCUUUGAUGAGAGACAUGUGCCCGGAUGAAAGUAAGAUGUCUGAUAGUUUUUCCAAGACAAAGAAGCUACUUGCAGGGCUAGAGCUUCCUCACCAAAGGAUACAUGUAUGUCCAAAUGGUUGCAUGUUAUUUUGGAAGGAACACAAAGAUCUCAAAGAAUGUCUUUAUUGUAAGGAAAGUCGUUAUAAGACAAUAAGGGAAAAUGGCAACUAUUCUCCUCAUUGCGUUCUGAUUUAUUUCCCUAUCGGCCCGAGAUUGCAGAGACUAUAUGAAACAAAAUCUACUGCUGAGAAAAUGAGGUAG